CUCCAUCAUGGCGCCAACGUUCGACGAUAGCAAGUCCGUCACCAAAGCACCUCCAUCAUAUACCACGAUUUCCACAUCUGCAUUAGCAGAUUCCCUCCAUCACGGACGAUCGUCUGUAUUUCCCUUUCUACAAAGCAAGCAGAAACGGAACACCGCUCUAACUUGCAUCCGUGAUAUAGUUACCGCUCCCGAUUUUACGCCCUCCUCUGUCGCCCCUAUUAUUAACGCCUGCGCUGCUGCGCUCUCAGCUGCUGAUUUCUCCGAACUCCUGCAAAAACCUAACAUUGAGGGUCACACAGCGCUCUAUUGGGCAGUUGUGAAUGACAGGCGAGAAGCCUUUUCGGCAUUAUCAGGAUUUACCCCCAAAUUUUCCUCUGCCUGCUCUUCCGACCUGCGUCUCGCGUGCACGACAGCUAGUGACCAGGCAUUGUUUGUACAGCUGAAUUUGGGAUAUAUGAAUUUCAAGGAUGAGCCGAUCAAACGCUGUUUAGGUUGUCCGGCCGACGACGUUCAGGUGGACUCGGGGGACGGACUGGACCAGAACCAAUUCGUUGCUCAUUUCCUCAUCAGGAAGUUUCAGAAACGUUUGCGCACUACACAGAGUGUGGAUGUAGAAUUUGUUGCAGCAGGACGUAUAUGGUUUUUGCGAUUUUAUAUGGAUCUUGAUGGGAAGUGGCGUAUUGGGUUUGGAAUUUCAGAUCCUAGCCAUCCAGCGCGUCCAGUUGCCUCAAUUCUGAUUGAGGCUCACCGAGGGGAUCCUGGCUGUGCAGCCCCAUAUGAAGGGCUACAAUUCGGUCCCUCAAAAUCAGUUGUGCUUGCACCUCCUGGACACAACAUGCACAAGAGCAAGGGCGAUGUGAAAGUCCUAGUAUUUUGGUCGAUGACUGACUGGCCGAUGGACGACCAUACUAAAUAUGUUGACUGCGAUGGCAGCCUGCAUGUAAAGAUGACGAUGAGAUUGAAUUAGC